GGCUGGGCGGGCGCUUCUCGUGCAGAGAUGGCCGCUGAGGUUUGCAGGGCUCAGGCGGCUCAGCCGGGCGGGGACACCAUAUUCGGGAAAAUCAUCCGUAAAGAGAUCCCCGCCAAGAUCAUCUUCGAGGACGAGAAGUGCCUUGCGUUUCAUGAUAUUUCUCCACAAGCUCCAACUCAUUUCCUAGUGAUCCCCAAGAAGCAUAUUGCUCAGAUAUCUCAAGUGGAAGAUACCGAUGCAGAUCUUCUUGGCCAUUUAAUCAUUGUGGGGAAAAAAUGUGCAGCUCAAUUAGGCCUGACUAGAGGAUAUCGAAUGGUUGUGAAUGAGGGUCCAGAUGGUGCUCAAUCAGUCUAUCAUGUGCAUCUCCAUGUACUUGGCGGACGUCAGAUGGGCUGGCCUCCAGGCUAAGACUCUGAAUGAGAAGAAAAACGUUGUCCUUAAUCUGUUGAAUAGAGUCCACACAUGUUCUGUUUAUAAUCCCAAUUAAUUAAUAUUUCGUGUGGAAGACAAUUAUAAAUUUUGCCCAUAAAUCAAUAAAGUUUAAGCUUAAUUAUUCUUUCCCCCCCCAUUUUUCUCUUAUGUAACAUAAAUUAGUACAGUCUGAUACUCAGGUCUAUAUUCAGCUGCUAAAAGUUGUGGAUGCAGCCACCGGAAACUUUCCAAAAGCUGUUUCUAAGUUGUAGUGUUACUAUGUUAGAAAAGAAAGCAUGAGUUGUACUGGAAGUAAUCAAAGGUGUUUAAAUUUUAAAUCUUUUUCAUGCUGUUUGUUAAAGCAGAAAUGAACAGGAGUUACUUUGAAAAUAGUA